UAGCAGUCAGUCAACUUAUAGCCGCUCCAGCGAACGGACGCACCGAAAAUCGAGCUAUAGAAACUCUACGGCAAAUAAAAAACCCGAAAUCGAACCCAUGACUUAUAUAUAGAGCCAAACGAUUUGUUUACGUGUCGUGACGCGAGUGUGCCAGCAGUUGUGUGCGUGUGCCAGACGCAAGCAGAAAAUAAAGUUUACAAAUUAAAAUAAAUCAAAGGCAAUCACCAUGAUUAGCACCACGGAUUAUCCAACAGUGGAGACCACCACAACUGCCGAAGAGCUCUAUGCGGAGUACAUAUCCGCGCCGGCCAGCAGCAUGAGUCCCGCUGCAAUUGCCGAGCACCUGCAGCAGAAUCAGAUCACCUUCGAGAUACCCAGUGCCCACGAUCUGCGACACAUCGACGCCCUCAACUCCUUCAACGCCCUGCUCCAGAGGAUUGGCAACGCAGCGGUGUCCUACGAUCCCGCUCCACCCAGCGGCUGGUCUCCGGAUGGCAGCAUCAGCACCGAGCAGCUCUCCAAGUCGGUGGUUCUGGAUCUGGCCGACUUGCGGGAUAGGUCCGAGGAAUCGGGCGAAUCCUCGUGGUGGAGCCAGAUCUUCGGGGAUGCCGACAUGCAUGUGAUCAUCAAUUAUCUGUGGAUCGGAGUGGUCAGCUCGCUGGUCAUUCUGUCGCUGGUCUUCAUCCUCUUCAGCUGCUACUUCUACAGGAAGUUCCGCACUUGGAAAAAAUGCAAUAAGGACAUACGUGCCCAGAUCCAUGCGGCCAGUGACUCGUACUCCUCGCACCUGGUUGGUUGCGAUGCCAGCAGACUGCUGUUGCACCAGCAGAUGCAGCAUCCACAUCAUCGGAGCAGCGAGGCUGGGUUCUACCAAAUCGAAUCGCCGCCCUGCUACACAAUCGCCACCGGAUUGCCCAGCUACGAUGAGGCACUGCAUCAUCAGCCUCGGCACUUUGCCUACGGCAUGAAGUUCGUUUAUCCCUCGUUGGCGGCCGUGCAUCAUCAUCACCAUUGCAUUUCCAAUUGGGAGAAGCAGGAGCCGCUGAAUAAGCUGCAAAAGUGCAAGCUGUCAGCGGCAGCGGCAGUGGAGGAGGAUAAAGCCGACUCCUCAUCGUCCACGUCUGCAUCCGCGUCGCCAUCCUCUUCGGAAUCCAGCAACUUGGCCACAGCAACGCCUGCCAUUUGCAUUAACAUGCCAAGUGGGCGGCAGGAUGAGGAGGUGGAUAAUUCAGAUUCCGAUUCCGCAAUUGCAGUUGCAGUGGCAGUAGCACAAAGUUUACAGCCGGCGGCGCCUGCCGACGAUGAUUGCGCCUCAUUGGUCGUUGUUGUUGCCGCGUGAUUGCCCACCCAGGGGUCAGAGGUCAGGGAAUAAGGGGUCAGUCGAGGGUUUAGGGCCGGGAGUAGCAGCCCAAUUGCUUAGUCACUUGUAAAUAGUUGCAUCGUCUGCUAAUGUUGUUUGCCCCAUGUAAUAACAUAUAUCUCCGAGAAUGUACCCUCUCCCUCCCUCUAAGAAAAUUUAGUUUUGGUUUUUAGUUAUCUGUUAUAUAUUAUUGUAUUACGCAAGACUGAGUAUUAUUUAUUGUACUAUGUAUAAAACCGAAUUGUCUAUCGAUUAAGCCCUAAUAUCUAAGCGAGAGUUGAAGAAAAAAUAUAAAACUCGAAUGAACACAUUGCAAACUAAAUUGAAAUUUUCGUUUUCAUUUCCUUAUCAGUUUUUCAGUUGCGCCCAAUGCCAAAUAAAAUCAUAUCCAAUGCUAGGCGACUUCCACUCCCAUUGUUGACCUUGCUGGCAGUGCACGAAUCCUAAUCUCUCAGAUAUCCGUACUUUGGGCAGAGCAAAUAUCAGAUGCCGUUUGGGGUUUCGGAUUUGGUUUUGUUCUGAAAUUAUGUACGUGACUUGGAUGCGCCUGGUCGAGAUUAGGUCAGCAGAAAUGCAGUGCAGCUGGGGAAUGCUCCACGAACGUGCACUGCUGAAAGGAUUUUUCAGCAUCCGUUUUAAGUGUUACUUAAGGAUUUGGCCAAAUAACGGAUUAAGUCAGAAAAGUUUAUAGAGAAAAUAAAGCUGAUUACACAAGCGCAUGUCUUAAAAAAUGGUCAGUUAAUUAAAUGAUUGUGAUCUUCUGGCAUCAAUAUUUGUCUACGAUUCAUUUAAGAUAUCCAUUGAUAUUUGAUAUCCCCGCUUUUUCCCUUGUAAAGAUACAACUUCAAUUUCCAACAUAAAAAAUGUUGUCCAACCUUAAGACAUCAUUGUUCAAUAACUAACAAACACAGACAGUUUCUUAAAGUUGCAGUUACUACGAUUAAAUAGAAACAUUAACUAGCGUAAAAUCUAAAGCUAAAGCUCACAAAACAAACAACCGGAAUAAAUAUUGUAUACUAUGGAAAGGAGAAAGGGAAGAAAUUAAUUAUGCAAAAAUAUAUAUGAAAAGAUAUUAUCAAACCAAAAAAAAAAAAAAAAGAGAACAAAAUCUUGAAAUUUUAUUUGCCUGUCUGGG